AUGGAGAGCUUUGUACUCUGUUCUUCGUGGAAGAGUACCAUAGCUUUUUCUACCUUCUCUCGCAUCUCCUUACACCUUCGAUCGCGCCCACAGUCAUUUUCUCUCUCCAAAUCCCCACCCUCCGUUUCUCCCAGACGCACGCCAAUUCGCCCAAUCUCAGCCCUCCGACCACCCCAAUCUCUUUCUUCUCCCUCUCCCUCUCCCUCUCCACUCAACCCCGAAUCCUUCCUGUUCAAUCCUCUACCAAAACCCACAAAAACCCACAAACCAAUAAUCCAAGCCGUCGCAAGUUCGUCCCCACAACAAACCGAAUCAAAAGCCCUUCAAGGCGCUAAGCUUUUACCGCUGAUUUUCUCAGUGUCAGUUGGGAUAAUUGUCCGAUUCAUCGUCCCCAAACCCCCGGAAGUUUCAACCCAAGCCUGGCAAUUACUGGCAAUUUUCCUCUCAACGAUCGCUGGCCUGGUUCUAAGUCCAUUACCUGUCGGAGCUUGGGCGUUUUUGGGUCUCACAACUUCGGUUCUAACUAAAACAUUGACUUUUUCCACUGCUUUUGGUGCUUUCACAAAUGAAGUGAUUUGGUUAAUUGUAAUUUCGUUUUUCUUCGCUCGUGGAUUCGUGAAGACGGGCUUGGGGGAUAGAAUUGCGACGUAUUUUGUGAAGUGGCUGGGGAAGAGUACAUUGGGUUUGUCUUAUGGGUUGACUCUUAGUGAGGCCCUUAUUGCUCCGGCAAUGCCUAGCACGACUGCAAGGGCUGGCGGUGUGUUUUUGCCGAUUAUUAAGUCAUUGUCAUUGUCGGCCGGUAGUAAGCCUGGUGAUCCCUCCGCGAAGAAGCUUGGGUCUUAUCUGGUUCUGUCUCAGUUCCAGGCUUCUGGUAAUUCCAGUGCUCUGUUCCUAACUGCUGCAGCUCAAAAUCUGCUAUGCCUCAAACUAGCUGAGGAACUUGGGGUAAUAGUUGCUAGCCCAUGGAUUUCUUGGUUUAAGGCUGCUAGUUUACCUGCAUUGGUUUCUCUUUUAGCAACUCCAUUUUUAUUGUACAAACUUUAUCCUCCUGAAACCAAAGAUACACCAGAUGCCCCUGCUAUGGCUUCAAAGAAACUGGACCUUAUGGGUCCUGUCACAAAAAAUGAAUGGGUGAUGGUUGGGACAAUGCUUCUUGCGGUUUCUUUGUGGGUCUUUGGAGAUGCUCUUGGAAUAGCAAGUGUUGUUGCUGCUAUGCUUGGCUUAUCAAUACUCUUGCUGUUGGGGGUGCUUGACUGGGAUGACUGCUUAAGUGAAAAGUCAGCAUGGGAUACUUUGGCGUGGUUUGCAGUCCUAGUUGGAAUGGCAAGCCAAUUAACAAACCUUGGCAUAGUAACCUGGAUGUCUGAUUUUGUAGCUAAAUCCCUUCAAUCUCUUUCUUUGAGCUGGCCAGCUGCAUUUGGUGUUCUUCUGGCGGCUUACUUCCUCAUCCACUACUUAUUUGCAAGUCAAACUGGUCAUGUGGGAGCUUUAUACUCUGCUUUCCUUGCUAUGAACUUGGCAGCUGGGGUGCCUGGUGUGUUGGCAGCACUUGCUUUAGCUUACAAUACUAAUCUGUUUGGUGCUCUAACGCAUUAUAGCAGUGGUCAGGCUGCCGUAUACUUUGGAGCUGGCUAUGUAGACCUUCCAGAUGUAUUCAAAAUGGGUUUUGUAAUGGCCCUUGUCAAUGCCGUGAUAUGGGGAGUUGUUGGGACUUUCUGGUGGAAGUUCUUGGGCCUGUACUGA